AUGACCACCACCACUGGUACUCCUGUCAUUGAGACACAGUCAAAUACCACUCCCUUUCAGAAGAACUCUGCCCCUGAGUCUUCAUCACCACCGGUCCAUGUUGAAAAUCCCACAUUCAAUGCCAACUGUGAAGCCUCUUUCAAGUACGCCGUUUCUCUCGCUCAGCAAGUCGUCCAGGACAAAUUAGCCGGUCAUACUCCAACUGAUAUUCCAGCUGAUCAUGCUGUAAAUAUGGCCAUCCUUGUCACUGACAUGAUACGAAUGCUCAAUGCCUCUGGUGUUUCAAGAGAUGCCAUCCUCCGAGCUGCUGCCUACAUGGAGGGAGAAGAGCGUCCCAAGGCUGGCCAGGCUCUCCGACAAGCAAGACUCGACCGCCGAAACAAGAGUGGCUACAGACGACCUGCAGCAAAUGGAACUGCCGAAGCAAAUGCUGUGACCGGGAGUGAUGCGGAAGCUCUCGGUGGAGUUGACCCUAAUACUGCAACCGUUGGCCACCCAACAACCAGCACCACUGCCAAGAUCUCGGACUUGGAUCAAGAGAAUGAGAAGCCCAAGACAGAAUAUCGUGGCAAUCAAGUCGACCCUUCUACUCGUAAGUCGAAGAAGAAACCCUUCUGGAACUAUCGUCGUCACUACCCGAGAAAGAGCAAAGACCCCGCCGCUAUGGAUCGCAAGAAAUCAGGGGAAGCGGGUGCAAUCGGUGUCACAAGUGAACCUACAGCUGUUGCUAAUUCUUCUGACCAAACCAAGUCUGUAAAAACUUUCGAAAUGCAACCUACCACUGACCAGCCUCCAAAAUCUCUCAACAGCCACACCUCCACCCAACAAUUUGAGGACAACAACCCAGCUGGUGGCAAGCCUGACACUGAUGGCAAGGAGGAACCAACCGCUCCCACUGUCAUUGUCACUUCAGAUGUCAAGACUGAAGACGCAGAAGUCAAGCAAGUGACUGCAGUCACCGAAUUCAAGGCAAAAGCAGAGCAUCUGGAAGCCGUUGAGCCAAACCCUGAGCCUGAGAAACUUGAAAAGACUGCCGCCGUCUGA